AUGUCAUUCCGCCUUCUACGAAACUCAAUCUCUCGAACUUCUGCGCUACGGCGUCCAAACUCGGGUAGAGAUGAACAUUUAUGUCAACUUUUGACACAAAACUUGCAUUUGCAUUCCUCUGCGAGGAUAUUCACCGCCCAAGUAAGCCCAACUCAGGCAGAUCGGGAAAUGAUACAACUAAUGAACCGAAACGCACCUCAGAAAGAGAUCUUCCAGCACAUUGCCGCCAAUGCAAGUCAUUCGCUAUCCUCUGAACUAAUAGAAGACUUCAUGGUUUCUCUCCUCAAGCAAAAUAACUUGAAUGCAGUUGCCAUAGUAGCACAUCUUGCAAUCGAUGCUAAAGAAGCAGGGCAAACUGCAUUUUCGAACCAGUUUUGGUCUCUCUUAGCUUCCAAUGCAAGUUCCAUGUGCAAUCAUUCAGCUUGUCUGUUGGUUUAUCACGAGGUAGUAGAACCAAUGGCUAAAUAUACUGAUGGAACAAAGUCGUCGUUCUACGAGAAUGAGCACGUUCCUUUUCUCCUCAUGCCUACUGCGUUAGAGAGUUUGGCCAUAGUUUUUGCCAAAAAUGGAAACCAUGCGGCAAUUGAGGGUCUUUGGCAAUACUUCAAGCGCUUCUACUCGUACAUGGGCAACAAGUCCACCUACAAGGCACUUCAAAUUCUUCUUAUAGAGGCCUAUGCAAAGAGAGGUGAUCUUGAUAAUGCCUUGGAAAGGUUUUGCGAUUUUGCCAUGAAAUUUAGAGGACAUGGACUGAUUGUCGAUUCCGAACAUCACGACAAAGCACUACAGAAGGCUGUCAAAACAAAUUCAGAUAGACGCAACCGAAUCAUUGCAAAAGAAUCAAAAAAAUAUGAAAGAUCUAAUUCCACCAGCGGUGAAGACAGCUCCAGAGGUUUUGACAUUGUCUACAACAAAUACACUCUAUUGGGUGAAAAGUAUAGUGCAAUAAUUGACGGUGAUUUGAAAGUGGCUGACCUUCCUGUGUUCUACGAGUUGUUGGAUUCCCAUCUCCGGAAUAUCACCACGAAAACGGGUGGGCCCUCGUUCAAAGAGAUUAACUUCUUGAUAAGAAAAUCACACCACUCUUUGGGGAAAUUCGUCAUACGAAGUCUCUGUGAUCAAGGAAAAAUUUUCGAAGCAUUCCAUGUUUUGAAAAGUAUGAUCAUCACCUAUGAUUAUAUUCUGAGGAACCCUGACUGUAACUACUCUCCAGAGUACCUCGCUAUCCUCAGAAGCAUUUGCAAUGACUGGAGGUCUUCCGACAAAUCAAUUUCCACCGAGGACAAAGCCUUCUUGCAAAGUGUGUUCAAUCUGUAUCUCAAAAUCUGUAACGACGUUUUAAUUUCGUCUUGUUACUCGACAUAUGUUCAAGCUCUUCUUUCUGUUGAUUGCGUUUCACAGCAGGAGAUCAUUUUUGAAGUGUCUAAGUUGAAUACCCAGAAAAGAGUCAUUCCCCUAUUGGAUGGAUUAGCGUAUGAGAAGGCCAUCAGUUUGGGAGUCCCUGAAGAACUCAUAGAGCGUGAAAGCUAG